AAGGUAAAAAAUGGAUUUUUCGGUAAUAUUUGCGUAUGAUGAUGAGGGGAUAUCAUCUGACUCUAGUUACAGGCUGGCAGAAAUUCUAUGCCGCGAAUUUACGAAUUACGAUGUGGAUUCUAUAAUCGUUCCCCUUAGUUCAUUAUAUGCCACUGCUAAUGACUCCAGUGGCGAUGAAAUCGAUAAUCUAUCGUUAGAUAAGCAUGAAGAUAUAAACUGCAGACUAAUACAACUAUGUCGUUCAUCAACAAACCGUGAGGAUUCACUUUCAGUAUCUACAUUGGUUCUACUGGUUGAUAAUCACGAGUGCACUAAAACCCUUCAGCAAUUUGCCGCUAUUUUACAAGAUUGGCAUACUGAUUUCCGAAUCAGCAAGACUCUGUUGAAUGGACUACACUUUGUUUGUCUACCUUGUGUAGAUGACAGGGAAUUCAACUCAGGUGAUAACAAUGUUACCAGCAAAGAAGUAACGUCACUAAUAUCAUCCAUUGAAAAUUCAAUGAAAAUUUUGGGUGCGAAUAGGCUGUUAACGGCACAGUUUUGUUUUGGAAUACGUGAUGUCGGACAGAUCGUUACGUUUACUAAUAUGGUAAAUGAAUCAUGGGAAAGUUUCCGCUAUAAAUUGAAAAAGUCGGAAUCCAGACAAAAUAAGUACUCUAAGAACAGGGGGGACACUGGCAAUGAUGCAUUAGAGUCAACACAAUUCCUUAUCGCUAAUACAAACUCACCGAAAAAUGAUCGUAUACCUAGAACUAACAUAUCCGAUAACACCGAAGCGUGCUGUACGGAUAUCCCAUUAAACGGCUCCCAUGGCUCAAAAAACUUUCCAAAAUGCUGCCAAGAUUUAGGUGAGGGUGUAGUAAAUCAACAGACAACACAAAGCUGCUGUGAUUGCCAAACACAUGAGCCGUCUGAAUCCUUUUAUUCGGAUAGUGAUGAGAUUGCAGAUGAUGGUGAUAUAUUGGGAUGCACAAAUGAAGAUGAUAUCGAGAACAUAGGAAGUGCUAACGAUCGCAUGGUUUCGGACAUCCAACGUCAAUCCUUAAUAAAACAAGGUUACAAACUGAUUGGUGACCACAGUGCAAUUAAGUUGUGUAGAUGGACAAAGGCACGUGUACGUGGACAUGGUGGUUGUUAUAAACAUACAUUUUAUGGGAUAAAAUCUAACCAAUGCAUGGAGAUGACGCCUAGUCUCGCAUGUGCAAACAAAUGUGUUUUCUGCUGGCGGCACCAUACUAAUCCUGUAGCUACUCGUUGGAAAUGGGAGUCGGAUGAUCCUGAUUUCUUAGCUCAAGAGUCUGUUAAUGCCCAUUUGCGUUUGAUAAAAGAAUUGAAAGGUAUUUUCGAUACGAAGAGUGAACGGUUGUCCGAAGCAAUGACCGUUCGUCAUUGCGCAUUAUCACUUGUAGGAGAGCCUAUUAUGUAUCCACAAAUUAAUGAGUUGUUGGACGAGUUACACCAACGACGCAUAUCUACAUUCCUCGUUACGAAUGCCCAAUUCCCCAAGGAAAUGGAGAAUUUAAGACAGGUUACCCAACUCUAUCUUUCUAUUGAUGCAGCAGAUGAGACUAGUUUAAAGAACACAGACCGUCCGUUAUUUCGUGACUUUUGGGCAAGGUUUCAGCGUUGCAUUCAGUUGCUAAAACAUCGUAAAGAGAGGACAGUAUUCCGAUUGACAUUGGUGAAAAAUUUUAAUAUAACGGAACAACAAGAGGAAAUCAGUGACUAUGGUCGUCUGAUUGAGUUAGGCGAGCCUGACUUUAUAGAGAUCAAGGCGGUAACUUUCUGUGGUACUGUUCAUGACAAUGCGAUUACAAUGAAGAACGUUCCGUGGCAUGAUGAGGUGGUUAGUUACGCCAAAGCAUUAGUUGGCGCUUCUAGCUUCACACGUCAGCAUUACGAUAUAGCUUGCGUCCACCGUCAUUCCUGUUGUGUACUCGUGGCGAAUACAAGUUAUCGAAUUAAUGGCAAGUGGCAUACGUGGAUAGACUAUGACAAAUUUCACGAACUUGCUAUGAGUGGACAUGAGUUUCAUGGAAUUGAUUAUUCCAUCGAAACACCGGAUUGGGGUCUAUACGGCUCUAAAGAAGAAGGUUUUGACCCUGUAGAUACAAGGGUAUACACAAAAGGAAGAAAGAAGCUACCUGGGCCUCCUGAACCCCGACAACAAAACAUGUGAUGAAAUCAUAAUGUUGUCCAACGGU